UGGGUCCUCCCAGCCCGAGACGCUCUAGGCGGCGACCGGCGGACUCGCUGCUCCCGGCGGGCCCGGCCCGGGCUGGGGACGCGGCGCUGGCGGGGCCGGACCCGCUCCCGGUCCCCGAGCCCGAGCCCAGACCCGGCGGGCCGGGCAGGGGACGGGCCGGGCUGGGGACCGGCCGGCAGCGGGGGCCCGGGCCUCAGCUCCCGGACGGCGGAGCCGGGCAGCGCCUCAGGUGGAAGAUGGGGCAGUUUGCCUGGUGUUUUAGGUGACUCUGACACCUGGUCACCAUGAAGUCCCAAAGGAGAUAGAGGGACAGCGGUGGGAAUUUCUUCUCACUCCUCCAAAAAAACCCAACAAAUGCCUAAUGGGAUUUCCUCUUACGCUGGCGUCAUGGGGAGCUGCUGCAGCUGUCUGUGCAGAGACAGCAUCCCAGACAACCAUCCCACCAAAUUUAAGGUAACGAACGUGGACGAUGAAGGUAACGAGCUGGGAUCUGGGAUUAUGGAGCUGACGCAGACGGAGCUCAUCCUGCACACGCACAAGCGCGAUGCCGUCAGGUGGCCCUACCUCUGCCUGCGCCGCUACGGCUACGACUCCAACCUCUUCUCCUUCGAGAGCGGCCGGCGCUGCCAGACGGGGCAGGGGAUUUUUGCCUUCAAGUGUUCCAGAGCAGAGGAGAUCUUUAACCUGCUUCAGGACCUGAUGCAGUGUAACAGCAUCAACGUGGUGGAAGAGCCUGUUGUCAUCACCAGGAACAGUCACCCCUCGGAGCGGGAGCCAGCCCGGGCCCCCCAGGCGCCCAACAGUCUGGGUUACGCUGUCCCAGGAUUUCCCAAUGGAUUUCCCAGCUUCCCCGGAGAAGCGCUGUCGUUCUCGGCAGGCCGGCAGCCCUCGCUGAGCAGCCUCAGACAUUCCUCCGUGGGCGAAGACUCUACUCAUGCCCUUAUUGGGCCCGAUGAGCAGUCGCACACCUAUGUCAACACGGCCAACGGUGAGCAGGAGCCGAGGGGCCGACACUGUAUGCACUCCUUGCCUGAAGUCCACCCUCCUUUCCCCCCUAGGAACCGCAGCUGCUCCCUCGAGGACCGCAAUCCCCAGGUCUUCCUGCAGCCGGGGGAGGUUAAAUUCGUGUUAGGUCCCACGUCCAACUACAGACGCGUCUGUCGGCAGCACCGCGAGUGCAGGACGCACUUCUGCCCCCCCAACAACAACAACGAGUGCGAGGGGGAGUGCCCGUCACCCCAGUGUGUCUACGAGAACGUCAACGGCUUGCUGCCCCCCAGCACCUCCUCUCUCUGCCGAGGCGGACGCUUGAAACUCAGCCGGGAGGACACGGGUUUGUCUGGCUGCUCCCACCGCAGAACGGCCUUGCUGCACUAUGAGAACUUGCCGUCGCUGCCGCCGGUGUGGGAGUGCCAGCCGCUCCGGCAUGGCGAGGAGGACGUGGGCGCCGCGGAUGUGCUGACGCCUUCUCCCAGCGGCUACUCGGAGGCUGGUGAAGAAGAGCCCCUGCAGAACUACAUGAACUCGGAGAACACGGCGCUGCACGGGGGCAGCGGCCAGCGGCGCAGCAGCUUCUUGCCGAAGCCUCGCCGCGGCUGCGUGCCCAGCGUCUUCAGCUUCGACUUCCCCCGGCCCUGUCCAGAGCAGCCACGACAGCUCAACUACAUCCAGGUGGAGCUGGAGGCCGAGCCGCACAAGGGACAUCAGAACCCGCCGGUCCCCCGUGUCCCCCCUCCUGCCACCCACGACGCCCGCCGGACGGACUCCUACGCGGUCAUUGACCUAAAAAAGACAGCGGCCAUGUCCAGUUUGCAAAGGGCCCUGCCGAGAGACGAUGGGACUUCGCGGAAAACUCGCCAUAACAGCACUGACCUGCCUCUGUGAGGGGAACGCCAAGUGCAAGCGCCGUGUUGUGGCUUCAGUCCCUGCUCUUCAGUGUAAUUCCAUCCCCUGUUGCCUCUGCUUCCCCAUUCGCCCCAUUCCUGGUGUUUCGGGGUGGCUCCUACAGCUGAUGUUGAGGCUGGUCUGUCUGUCUGUCUGCCCCUCUCCAUCUCUCCCCUGUAGUUCAUUUUUAAAGCCUUGUGGGAUAUUUGAGGGUGCAGUUUGAAGGUUGAAUCUCUGGUGAGAGGGGCAGGAGGUGCCGGCAGGAGCGCGGGUGCGGUGUGGAUGCAGCUCCAGGUUUUGCCUUGUGGUUUCGCCGGUUUCUGCUGACGGAGCUCGUGCUGCGGUCUCUGCCCCCUUGACUCGCUCCUUUCUCCCCUCUGCACUGUUACCGAUUAUCUCGAAGCACGUAAAAGCUUUUAAUACUCCCGUCCCUUUCUCAGAUUAAAUUUAAGUUGGGCGGUUCUAGAAACCACUAGAGGAGGACAGAGCCAUGGGCACGGACACUGUGAUCACAUAAACCCCAUUUCCUGAAGAGACCUCGCUUUGAAAGAGGGGGGCAAGACCGCAACUGUGAGAGAGUUUGGAGGUUUGAGAUAGAAAACUUUGAUCAUACCGUAUCCGGUUUUGAUUUUUAAGGGUUCUUUUCGGUGGCUGUUCAGAGGUGUUGUCUGUCUAUUUAUUUGUUUACUUAUUUAUUUAUUAAAUGUUCUUUUCACCCCAGUGGUAAUUGCCAAAUCCAGUGCCAAUGUGAAACACGUACUCGCUGUGAGUCGCUCCUUCCAUCAGGAGACAUAUCUCGGCAGAGGUGGGCGGCUUUGCUGAGCUGCUGUUGGGGAAAAGAGCAGCUGUGAAUCAAGAAGUUGGUUUUUAGCUGGGACUGAGCGUCAGGGGGUGGGUGGGAAUGGCCCGGGAGCCGUGGGUGCGCGAGCGGAGCUGCCUGGAGCCCUAUCAAAGUCAUCGCUGCACCCACGUACCCGCCUGGGUCCGCGAGAAACGUUUGAUGCGUGUUUGGGGUGAAUGCGCAGUUUGUUUCCUAAGCUGCGGCCUUGGAAGGGCUGAGUUUCAGCUCUCGGGUGUAUUUGUGGCCUUUGAUGUGGAUUUUGCUCCGUGGGUCUGAGCUGUCAGGCGGGUGGCGGUGCUGCCUGGGCUCUGUGCCCCCUCCCGCUGCGGGGCGUCCCACCCUCCCCGGCUCCUCUUUGCCAUUAGCAGGUGUUUGGAGGGGACGGGAGCGCUCGCGGUCACUCUGGCGUCCACCUCUGCUGUCUGUGUUCUUCAUCUCCUGUCCGUCCAGCUGCAAACCGCUGCUGAGCUUCCCAUUUCCGGAUUGUUGAAAUUUGGCCUUUUUUCUUACUUUGGUGCUGUAAUGUCGUAUUGAACCGCAGCCCUUUGAGGGGCAGGGACGUGCCAUGCCGUUCAGAAGAAGCGACAGGAGUGUGAGUAAUGCCAAGCCUGUGGGGGUAAACAUGGAUUUCUUGGCUUGCCGUUGCACUAUAAAUUCAAAGUGCACCACGUGCUCAAAAUCCCUGCUUUUGCCUUUUUUUUCUAAGUCCUUGUGCAUGUCUUCCAUUCUUUUUUCCACCCAACCCUUGUGUAAUCUGUAAGUGAAAGGAAACGCAACUAAUAUAUUUUUAUAUGUAUACCAAAUGACUUUAUUCAAAGGACACAAAACCCCAACAAGUAAUAGGUCCCCGUAAAUCUAGCUUUCAUUUAGGAAAGGGAGAGAAUAAAUUAUUUAUAUUAAAAAGUGCAUUAAGCUUUAAAUAAACUGUUUGAGUGAAGAGUUUCUGAGCUGUAGGUGUCACCCCGGGGCUCCCCCAGGGCAGGGCUCCGGGAGCCUGGGGUGACCCUGCCUGAGCUGGGAAAUGCAACAUGCUUGUUCCCCUCUUGCCCCAAAAAAGGGCAAAAAGGAUGAAAGGGCCGUGGUGGAAGAGGAGAGGGCCCUUCCCACCCGCGCAGGCCUUGGCAGGGUGGUUUCAAGGGAAGAUGCUGGGGUACAGGUGUCCCGGGAGGACGAGGUGAUACUGCAGCUGCUCGGCUGUUCUUCAUGCCCCAGGUGCUGUGGAAGCGCCGGGAAGGAGCGGAGCCGUGUUGGGACACGGGCGGUGGUUCUGGAGGCACAGGGAACAGAAAUGUCACUUUGGGCUUCCUCCCUGUGUCACAGCCCCGGCUGGGUCGCGGCUUCCUCUAGUGGCCACGUUUGAAAUGGUUUUGGAGGAGAAACCAGGACUGGGUUGAAAGACAGGACAUCGCAAUUCGCAUUUUCUCGUUCCUUCAGCCCCUUGGUUUGGGUGACGGGCGGGAGGGAUCUUUCCUUGUUAGCCUUUGCUUUGGUUGGAAAGCCUGUUUGUGCAAUAUGCUGUGUCUUUAUGGCACCUCGUGAACUAUCGCGUUUGCUCAGACUUUGGUUCUGAACGAAGCUUUAGGCAGCAGGAUGCCGCUGGCCGGUUUGUGCGUUGAGUCCUCAUUGCGCUCCCCCCACCACGCGUGAGACCGAAGUUCAAGGGACGGCUCGCUAAGCAGCCCCAUCCAGACAGUUUCACUGUCUUAACCUUUUUGAGUGAUUCUUGUUUGAGCUUUGAGUUAAUCAAUGGGAAUUAUUCCCCGGUGAACGCAUAAAUAGAUCUUUUACCCUUCCCUUUCCCAGCGACCUGUUGGUAGGAAGACAGCUUCCCCCAGCACUCAGUUGUCUUUUCAUUUGUUUUUAACCCAAUUUAUGUGUCUGCAUUUCCCCGGGGAAGGAGGUUGGGACGUCAGCUGUACCUGCCUUACAGGGCGAGGAUGGCAAAGGAGAGCCUGGGUGGUGAGGGUUAGGGGAUCAGUAUUUCUGCAAAGAGACUCGAAUGGGUCAGUUCUUACUGAAAUAUUGUUAUUUUUAUUACUUUAAGCCAUGCUGUUCACUGGGGCUAAAACACAGAGCUCGGUAUUAGAGCCAUCUGUUCUCAGCCAUUUCUCCCCAGGUCUUUCCUCUGUCCCCUGUGAUGCUUCUCAGCCCUCUCGGGUGGUGUCUUGACUGUGAAGUGUCAUUAACCAAUGAUCGUUAAUGAACGCAUUGCCUAAAUCUAGCUCCUGGGAGGGCUGCCAUCCUUCUUUCUGGGAAGUUUGUCUUUCCCUCCAACUUGGCCGGUCUUGAAAUGCCGUGCACAGGUAGCAGAACAGGUUUACAUUCCUGUACUGAACGGGUGAGUACAUUAGUGGAAAUCCUGAGAGCUUUGAAGUUGGCAAUUACAGGCCAGGCUAUGGAAAAGGCUAAUUGUAAAGAAGGGAGUUAAUUUAUUUUCCUUCCACAAGUGGAUGUGAUUUUGCAGUUGAAAGGCGCAGAUGCACCCGUGUUAUCUCCAGCUCCUCUCCCACGCGGUUCUGCGUGUUGUUCCUUGUGCCGGUGUCUUUGAUACUGAACGUUUCUGAUGCGGCAGAAGAACGAAGGCGCUUCGGGGCCGUGGCCACCGGGGUUCGCUGCUCCGAGCAGGGCGUUGAUCUCGCUGUGUAAUUGCUUCUUCGGGUUAUUUCUGUGGAAAUCCAUUCCACCCCUCGAUCCAUCCCACCGGGGUAACCCCACAGGCGAGGAGCAGCAGCAGCGCUCGUGUCUGACCUUAACGUGCACCAUGAAUGUAUACAGAAUAAACCGAGUAUGACGAUCG